AAAUUAAGGGGGUGGGGUUACACUCUCAAAAUUCCCCCAAUUCGAAAGUGCUGAACCAAACUUUCUCUCUCCUAUUUCUUGGAAAUGGCGGCCCUCUCAAGCUUCCCGCCUCACUUUCUCUCUCUAUCCUCUCACUAUUAUUCGCAAACUUCAACUUCUACUUCCUUUUCCUUCUUCUAUCAUCAUCAUCACUCUUACUUCCACUCAAAUCGCCGCUUCUGCAAUGGCCAAUUUUCAAUCGCCUGUCUUGCUUCUAUGCCUUCUACUAAGAAACCUAGACCGAGUAGAAAGCUGAUGAGUGAUGAGGAACUCCGUAAUGUUCUUAGGGAGUUCGUCGCGUCAGUUGGAUUGCCCGAGGGUCAUGUUCCGUCUAUAAAGGAGCUUUCGCAUCAUGGAAGGAAAGAACUUGCAAACAUCGUUCGAAGGAGAGGGCACAAACUUAUUAAAGAGCUUCUUGCUAACUCUGUCAAUAUAGCAACGGAUGGGUUUGAUACAUUCAGAAACAUAAACGGUGAAUCAGACGAACAUAGUGACUACGGGACAACAGGUCAGGGGGAGCAGCUGGAUUCUACGGUAGAAGAGCCGACAGAUUUUCCCAUGGCCGACGAUGAUUUUUUUACUGGAACCAGAUUGGUGGCACAUUAUGAAUCAUCUUUCAUUGCUAAUGAUGAAAGAGCUGUAUCUAAAGAACCUCCAUUGUCCUUGCAGGAUAAGGUGGAAAAUUUCAUGAAAUAUGGACAAUUGGAUGCAGUUGAAGUUGAACGUGAACCGGUGAUCCAUAAUGAAGCGGACACGAGACAUUUGACCCAUGAAAGAAACAUAAAUGUUGGACAAAAUGGCACCCUAUUGUUGCCAAGUUUGACUUGUCCUCCUGCAAUGGAAGACAAAUUUAAAAGGGAUUUUAAUUCGUCUGCUCAAGGGCUUCAAGGCACUGAUUUUGACAAUGAGGCUGGCAUAAUGGACAAUGAAGCUGAGAUUAAUCAUCUCAAACACAUGCUGCGUCAAAAGGAGGUGGAGUUAUCUCGGCUCAAAGAAGAGAUUGAGAGGGAAAAGCAAGCACUGUCAAUUUUGCAAACAAAAGCAGAAAUUGAGAUCAGCAAAGCUCAAAAGCUUUUAUCAGACAAGGAUGCAGAGCUCGAUGCUGCUGAAGAGAGCCUCUCUGGACUUCUGGAGGCGAAACUUCAGUACUCAGGAGAAGGGGAACUGGUAGAGGUAGCAGGUAGUUUCAAUGGAUGGCAUCAAAGAGUCAAAAUGGACCCACAGCCAUCUGCUAUAGUGGACCCUGUUGGAUCAAGGAAUUCUAAGCUCUGGUCCACAACCUUGUGGCUUUAUCCUGGGGUGUAUGAGAUAAAAUUCGUUGUUGAUGGGCAUUGGAAAAUUGAUCCCCAAAGAGAAUCGACUAUCAAGGGUGGUGUAGAGAACAACAUUCUCCGAGUCGAUCGAUAAUGUGGCUUUGAUUGGAUUUAAUAUAAUACUGAUAUGGUUAGAUUAUCGUUACCCGUCAGUGUAGAAUUGUUAUUCGUAGUAAAGCACUAGGGAAUGCAAUGAAAUCCAGUUUUGGACCUGCGUGCCAUGAUUUUGCCUCUUGUAGUCAAAGUUAUUGUCGAAUUAGUUUUUGCUACCAUUGCAGUGGCUGUUAUGCAUGAAGGUUGUUGAAGUAAUCGGAUGGGGCAUCCAUCGUCCGAACUGGUCUAUGAGUAAUAAGCCUCUUAAUAUGCUGUUGGAUUUACGGGGUGAAUAUUUUUUCUCUUAAGCUUGUUUAGGUUCUCCCUGUUGUUGUUUGUUUGUUUUUUCUUUCUUCAGUAUCUAGUUGUAUUUGAAGCAAUAAUGCAUACAGAAUUAUAUGUACAGAUUAAACCAGCUUUUUGUUA